GAAAAAAUACACACAUUUUUUCGGCCAAUCAAGUCUUAAUUAAUUUCCAGAAUUCUGUGAGCCAACUCGUUGAAAAUUUAUUUGAUUAAAAUUAUCAUAAUCGACCAUCGAUUCGGCCAUUGAAUUAAUUCUUUGAAUAUUGUUUGAACUGUUUGUUCAGUUGAAACCUUUUAAUGGGCAUUCACGUUUAGUACUGCAUGGUCGGUCUCUUAAAAUCAUGCGGAACAUUAUAAUGGAGUUUACUUUUCUAAUAUUACUAAAUACUUAUGGUGUAAGUGACUCCAUCACCUUCAAAAUGACCAAUGCGCAGUGCAUAAGUCAUAAUAAAUCGUGGGUUCGCAUCAAUGAGUGUCGCUUAAAGGCUAUAAAUCGCAACAAAGUGGUCUUCAACUUUAACGCAACCCUAUUCUACCCAACCCCUGACAUUAGAGUGACCUACCGAUAUUUCAAGAGGGAGAACGGCUAUAAGCCUUUUCUGAUCAAUAUAGAGAUCGAUAGCUGCCGAUUCCUAAGAAAACCAUAUAAUUUUGUGGGUGUUAUGAUUUGGAAUUUUUUUAGAAACUUCACCAACGCAAAUCACACGUGCCCAAUGUCUGGUGAUCUCCUCGUUAAGAAUAUGUUUCUCACCAUCGAACCAUUUAAGGGACUUCCCUGGCCCUCCGGUGACUAUUUAUUCGCCACUUCUUGGAAGUUCUACAGGAAGCCUCAGUUCGACGUCAAUAUAAGCUUUCAAUUCAUUGAGGAUUUCGUUUAA